AUGCGCACCCGAUCGUCGGCUCCUUCGUCCGAGCAAUCCAAGCCGGAUCAGCCCUCCAAACCGCCGCUGACGACCGAGAAACCCGGCAAGACAUUCAUCCUCCCUUCUUCCGCCAGCGACCAAGCCCGGUUCCUCCAAUUGCCCAACCCCCAAACCGGAGAACUCACGCGCUAUUACUUCUGCCCACAGCGGGGAAUCUACGAAUUCACCGCGGUUACCUCUUCCUCGCAGUCCCCACGAAGUGUCCUUUUCACCCCCAAGGCGGAGACCAGCACGGCACCGGAUGGAAAACAGUCCCAGCCCAGAAAUGCGACCGUAGCGAAAACCGCGCAAUUGUUGAUCGCAACGCCCAUAGACGUGGUCUUCUUUUUGAUUCCUCUACUAUGCCCGACUUCUUCCCAGGCGAAAGGCCUAUUCCAACCCCUGGACGACAUCAUCGACUCGCAGGACGACCUCCCCAAGCACUUCCGGCAUGACUGUCUUACAGGCGCGAGCGAGGCGAUUUGCGAUUCAGUGGAGGCCGGAGACGAGAAAAUGUUCCGAUUCAGUGAGACGAAACUUCUCCGGGAAUUGAUUGCCAAGGCAGAGCGGAUGGUCGCACUGGGACUUCCCGCCAGCAUGGAGGAACGCUUUAUCCGCCAAGCGUUGUCCACGCCGCUGAUGGCUGUCAAGCGAGAGGAUGCGUCGACCAAUGUGGCGUCGUCCAAUCCUACGGAGGGCGAAGCAACGCCACAGGAAGACAAGGAGACACCGGCAACAACAGCAAGCUCGACGUCGGUCCCUACGCCCUCCGACGUAUCCACCCCUGCUACAGAAGUGCCGCCAAAUGCGCCAGCAGCUUCAGACGAUGUGGCUCGUCUCCUGAGGAUCUCGACGGCUCUCGCCUUCAUGAAGGACUCCUACCUGUCUGCGGCUCUGCGCGCCAAGGUCGAUGAGCUACUCUCCAGCUCCGAGAGCCCUAUAGACUUCAAGCCUAUGCAUGAUCAUCUCAAGCAUGUGGCGGAGCUUCGCGCAGAGGCCCUUGCGUCCCGGUCUUUGGGAGACUUCAGCCGGAAGCGAGACAUCGAUGACGACGAAGGCGCCGAGUCACGGGCGGAGAAGAAGCGGCGCAAGGAGGAAGAGGAGAAGAAAAAGAAGGCGGGAGAAUCUCGGGGAGUUCGGGACUUGAAGAAGGUGAACACCACGGGAAUGAAGAAGAUGAGCGACUUCUUUUCCAAGGCGGCCGCCAAGAAGAAAUCUUGA